AUGCUUUCGCGUGGCCACCCGGAUGACAAGCUGGGUGAGCCGCUGAAUAUCAUUGUGUCGUCGCUGUCGUCGGAUGAUGUGCUGACCGCGGAGGGAUUUCUGCUCUGGGUGACUGCAUUGGGAUUCGGCGUUUCAUGCUUGGGCCAGGGCGAUGAUGACAGUUUUCAAUAUGCCAACCUCGGGAAAGGAAACGAAAAUGUAAAACAAGGGUCGCUGUCCGGCAACAAUGGCGUCUUGCGCUGGAAUUACGGGCUUCCUUCCGUCGGGACAUGUCGCGAAACGAUUGAAGGUGGCAAUCACAUGCGCUGGUUUAUGCAACGCACGAAAAAUGGCACGGCCAUUUUUCUCGCGUCUUCCUACGAAAAAGGACUGGACCAGCACCACACAAUUGAGCCAAAUGGCUACAACCGUGGUCGCGACGAUAUUGUUGGCAUUGCGACGCGACCUGAAGGUGUUGAAUGGAACGGGUUUAAAUACAACGCAAGCGCGGAAUGGAUCCCCGCCGGCCGCUUGCUCAAUGCCACAUCCGAAGGAAUCAACCACCCCGAUGUUGCGCCGCCGAAUGGCACAGCCAUCGAUGGGCGUGUAGCGCUGCUCAAGGUGAAUACACUGCAGAAAAAUAAUGACGAGAAACGCAGCAGCAGUUCAGGUAUGUCCAUCCAGCCGCAGCUGUGUGUGGCUGCGCUUCUUCUGCUCAUGACCACUGCUGUGUUCCUUGGAAUGUAG